AUGAGCAAAGCUUUAUCAGCUCUUGUUGUGUGCUACAUUGUUGGACUUUGGUAUUUUUAUGUAAGAAGUUUCGGCUUGUAUUAAUGACAUUGUUUAUCAGUUGUAAUGUGUUGAGUUAUUAUUAGAAAUAUUAGAUUGUAAGUAAUAAUAAUUUAGCCAAUUGUUUAGAACGCGACAAACGAAACUGUGCCGUAUGACGAUCCUAUCAAUCUUUUCAUUGGUUCGGCGCAUCCUAUUGAUUUAAAUGGGUAAGUCUUACACACGUUUAUCGGCUUCUGGGCUUAGGCUUCUAGGCUUAGGCUUCUAGGUUUAGGCUUCUAGACUUAGGCUUCUAGGCUUAGGCUUCUAGGCUUAGGCUUCUAGGCUUAGGCUUCUAGGCUUAGGCUUCUAGGCUUAGGCUUCUAGGCUUAGGCUUCUAGGCUUAGGCUUCUAGGCUUCUAGGCUUAGGCUUCUAGGCUUAGGCUUCUAGGCUUAGGCUUCUAGACUUAGGCUUUGGCUUUUAGUCAUAGACUUCUAGGCUCAGGCUUCUAAGCUUAGGCUUAAGCUUCUAGGCGUAGGCUUCUAGGCUUAGGCUUCUAGUUUUAGGCUUCUAGUCUUGGGCUUCUAGGUUUAGGCUUCUAGUCUUGGGCUUCUAGGUUCAGGCUUUUAGGUUUAGGCUUCUAGAUUUAGUCUUCUUGACUUAUGCUUCUAGGCUUAGGCUUCUAGGCCUUAGCUUUUAAUAUUCAACAUUAUAGCAAUGAGACACAUACCGUACUGUUAAACUGUAUGGCCGAUGACAAUAAAAAGGGUAAAAAGCGAACAGAAAAACUUCCAUUAUAUUGUGUGAGCGAUCAAAACGAAAAGGUUUCGCCUCAAUUUUCUUUCAACGAUGGUAAUAUUAAUUGCGCAUGGAAGAAUUAUUUUGUAAAAUGCCUAUUCAAAAGCGCUGUGAAUUCAGUAAAGCUGGUUGAUGAGUUUGAUCACGGUCCAGAAGUGAGUUUACUUCUUGUUGAGGGAGGGCGCUUUGCAUUUUAAAAUUUUUUUUAUGAUAAAAUUUUUUUUGAAUUUGAAAAAAUUUUUUUUUGUAAUAAAAUUUUUUUUUGUAUCAGGCCAAACCGGACUUUAGUCUGACCAGGCCGAAGAGAAAUUGAAAACGGGUCUCGGCUUAAAAUUGCUCAUGGGGUUUACAUGUGCCGAAUUGGCCAAGUUUUUUUUGAAUUUGCUAUGAUCGGCUUGACCCCGGGUUUGGACUGGAUUUACCGAGCCCUCUUUUAAGCCUAGUUAUUUUGAAUCAAAAGUAGCGGGGCAUUUUCAGUAGGAGAAUAAAUGAAAAGUGUCCCGCUACUUUUAGUUCAGCUUAAUAAUCCCGCUACUUUUAGCUUAGCUUAAGUAAGCUUUUGCAACUAAGAACGACUAUUUUAGGUACCACUCAGAAAGCCGGUAGAAGGCAAGAUUCCAUUGGUUACUUGCCUUUCUCGAGCGUUUUACUUUGAAACAUGGCAACUGCUUCUGACUUCAUUGGAAAUGUACCAUGCCAUGGGUGUAUCCGAGUUCAGCAUGAAUGUUAUGAGCAUGGAUGGCAACAUAUACAAUGUGCUUCAACAAUACAAAAAAUUGGUUAAUAUUAAAGUUAAUCCAGGCAUCGUUAUACCUAAAAUUGUGAGUUUUUGA